AUGGCGGCUUCAGAAAUAGUGGAGGUGGAGCCGGAAGCCAACAUCAGAGGCCCUGAGAUAGUCACCAUGGGAGAAAAUGAUCCUCCGGCAGCCGAAGCCCCCUUCUCCUUCCGAUCUCUCUUCGGCUUGGAUGAUUUGAAAAUAAGUCCUGUGGUACCAGAUGCAGACGCAGUGGCUGCACAGAUCUUGUCCCUGCUGCCCUUGAAGUUUUUUCCGAUCAUCGUCAUUGGGAUCAUUGCCUUGAUACUGGCGCUGGCCAUCGGCCUGGGCAUCCACUUCGACUGCUCUGGGAAAUACAGGUGCCGUUCAUCUUUCAAGUGCAUUGAACUGACAGCUCGAUGUGAUGGGGUCUCUGACUGCAAGGAAGGGGAGGAUGAGUACCGAUGCGUGCGGGUGAGUGGCCAAAGAGCAGUGCUCCAGGUGUUCUCGGCCGCUGCCUGGAGGACCAUGUGCUCUGAUGACUGGAAAAGCCACUAUGCCAAGGUUGCCUGUGCCCAGCUGGGGUUUCCCAGCUAUGUAAACUCAGACCACCUCAGAGUGGAUGCACUUGAGGAGCAGUUCCAGGGCGACUUUGUGUCCAUCAAUCACCUCUUGCCAGAUGACAAGGUGACCACGUUGCACCACUCUGUGUACGUGAGGGAAGGCUGUGCCUCAGGUCAUGUGGUCACCUUGAAGUGCUCAGCCUGUGGCCUGAGAACUGGCUACAGCUUCCGCAUUGUGGGUGGAAACAUGUCGGCGCUCGCCCAGUGGCCCUGGCAGGUCAGCCUCCAGUUCCAGGGCUACCACCUAUGUGGGGGCUCCAUCAUCACCCCUCUGUGGAUUGUCACUGCUGCACACUGUGUUUACGACCUGUACCAUCCCAAGUCCUGGACCAUCCAGGUGGGUCUUGUGUCCCUGAUGGACAGUCCUGUGCCCUCCCAUCUGGUGGAGAAAAUCAUCUACCAUAGCAAGUACAAGCCAAAGCGGCUAGGCAAUGACAUCGCCCUCAUGAAGCUGGCUGAGCCACUCACUUUUGACGAGACCAUCCAGCCUGUCUGUCUGCCCAACUCUGAAGAGAACUUUCCUGAUGGGAAACUGUGCUGGACAUCAGGAUGGGGGGCCACAGAGGAUGGAGGUGACGCCUCCCCUGUCCUGAACCAUGCGGCUGUCCCUUUAAUUUCAAACAAGAUCUGCAACCACAGGGAUGUCUACGGUGGCAUCAUCUCCCCAUCCAUGCUCUGUGCAGGCUAUCUGAAGGGCGGUGUGGACAGCUGCCAGGGAGACAGUGGCGGGCCCCUGGUGUGCCAGGAGAGGAGACUGUGGAAGCUGGUGGGUGCAACAAGCUUUGGAAUUGGCUGUGCUGAGGUGAACAAGCCUGGAGUCUACACCCGCAUCACCUCCUUCUUGGAUUGGAUUCAUGAGCAGUUGGAGAGAGACCUGAAGACUUGAAGAACGGGAGACAAGCCAGCACCCAAGCUUCCAAGGGUGGACGCAGCCCAAGCCUCCCCUGGACUCCUGUGUGGGCAUGGUGGAUGGGAGAACCAGCAUUUAGUGCUCUGCCCAUAGCACUAAGGCAGAGCCAGUGGGAAGAGCACCUUUCCUACCCUUGAUACUUGGAGCUUCCUGCUGCUAAAGCCCUUGGGUGUGGGGAUGAAAUGACCUUGGGACUUUCUGUGCUUCAUAAGGACAGAAGCACCCCUAUCCAUGCACAUUAAGUGGCCCCCUUUCCUGCCAUCCUCCUAGAUUUUCCCCUCAGAGCCACUGCCAGCAAAGGCAACCUCUUAUGCAAAACCACCAACACCAGCUGGUGCAGACACGAGGUCAGGAGCUGCUAGUUUGGAUUGUUACAGAUGUAGUUACCUACUCAUUCUAUCCUGGGCUUCAGU